GUGUGAACGACUUUUGUGAAAGCGGGGGACCUAUCGACAGCCCCGGAGAAACCAUACUCUGCACGACACUAUUGGCUACCGCAACAUGGUGUGGUUGCAGAAAUUCGUCGCCGCCACAUGCUCCCCCAUAAAUAAAAUGUGCCUCCAACUUGUCUCCCACACGCUCCUGCAGCACCCAACUUGCCACCUCUCCGCCAACGAAAAUGCCUGUCCGAGCCGACGGCCGUGUUAACGAGCGCAUCCAGAACUACACCAAAUUUUGGCAGAAGGAUCUCAAGAAGGAUGAUAAGGCGGACACGGACAACCGCGUGGACAGCUACACUGAUGUCGUCAACGGCUACUAUGACGGUGCAACCAGCCUGUACGAGUAUGGCUGGGCACGUUCGUUCCACUUCUGCCGUUUCUACAAGGGCGAAGCCUUCCAGGCUGCUCUCGCGCGUCACGAGCACUACCUCGCCGCGCAAAUGGGCCUGCGUCCGGGAAUGCGCGUCCUCGACGUCGGAUGCGGUGUCGGUGGGCCUGCGCGCGAGAUCGCACGGUUCGCGGACGUCACCGUUGUCGGCUUGAACAACAACGACUUCCAGAUCGGCCGCGCACGGAGAUAUACGAAAGAGGCGGGCCUCGAGAAGCAGGUGUCAUUCGUCAAGGGCGAUUUCAUGAAGUUGUCGGAACAGUUUGGCGAGAACUCGUUCGAUGCGGUGUAUGCCAUCGAGGCGACAGUGCACGCUCCUUCGUUCGAAGGCGUGUACGGUGAGAUCAUGAAGGUGCUCAAGCCCGGAGGAGUGUUCGGUGUGUAUGAAUGGGUGAUGACCGACCGAUGGGAUCCCAGCAACCCUCAGCACAAGGAGCUCGCACGGAGGAUCGAGAUCGGCAACGGCAUACCCGAGAUGCGACCGCUGAAGCAGGCACGCGACGCGAUGCGCAAGGUCGGCUUCACCGUCGAGCACGAAGAGGACCUCGCCGAGCGCGAUGACGAAGUCCCGUGGUACUACCCGCUCGAGGGCGACGUCUUUAAGGCGCAGACUGCGUGGGACUACUUUACCGUCUGGCGGAUGAGCUGGAGUGGCAAGCUCGUCACCCAUUACGGGCUGUGGUUCAUCGAGCAGGUUGGGCUGGUACCGAAGGGUACCUGGGAGGUUGGCGAAACGCUCAAGGUUGCUGGCGACUCUUUAGUCGAUGGCGGCAGGACGAAGCUAUUCACACCCAUGUUCCUUGCUAUCUGCCGGAAGCCUUCGAACUAGGC